AUGAUCACACCAUCGUUCAGUAUAGCUCAAGACGAUAAGCAGCUUGUGUUUACGAUAAAAGCUCCAUAUGCGAAAAUAGCCGACACUGAAAUAGAAUAUGUCGAUGACAUAUUCAUGUUUUCGUCACCGCCUUAUUACCUUCGGGUUCACUUACCGCGCGAAGUUGUAGAUGACAACUCGGGCACAGCGCGCUAUGAUUCUACAGCAGGUGAAUUCAUCGUAAAUGUCCCUAAGAAGAAUGUUGGUGAAAAUUUCCCUAAUUUGGACAUGAUUACCGAGCUUCUGAAUCCACAAAAGAAAAUAUCAGCUCAACAACUGGUUGAGGAAGUUGCUGAUGAUGCAGAAGAGGAGAAUUUGGAUGACAUUUAUUUGAUUGAGCAGAACAUCACUGAUGUAAGCGCCGGGUGCACGGAAAAUACCGAGACUAAUUGUGGUUAUGGAUUUGCAUGGAAAAGGAAUGGGGUUUUAGGUCAGCUGAGUCAAGAGAUUGGUGCACUUGUGGAGUUGACCAAUCCUGAGCACACUCCCAUAAGUGAAAGAAGCGGACUAUGUCGCCAGAAGGAUCUGGAGGCGUUCGACCCUGAAAGAUACCUGAUAGAUUUUAUGGAGCCUGAUGACGGUCUGAAAGCAGCAAUGGACUCCAAAUUUGGCCUGCAGCUCAAGAUCGAUGCUGAUGACGUACAACGAUUGAAGGACUUUCCGAAAAAGAAGCUUCCAAGGUUGUCACGAAAAGAACGUCGAUCUGUAGCCUUGUCAGUGAUUGAUUUUGUCUUUGCUUUUGCUUACGACUCAAGAAUCAACGAAUGGGAAAUCUGUUGCGAAAGUGGAUGGAAUUAUGUUAAACUGGCACCGAGCCUUGCAUUCCUUUGUCGGUGGGAGAACGCUACCGAGGCCUUAGUCGGAUGUGUACGACGUUCAAUGUGCUACCCGUUAUACCGAAACUGGGAUCUGGCUUUGAAAGUAGUUGAGGAUACAAAACGCAUAAUAAGCGAAGGACGUUCCGCCAUACUGCAUAUUUUAUGUAAAAUCCAUGAAGUGCUAAUUACAUCGGGAGAGUUUCGUUAUCUUUUCAAUGACCUUUUUAUAACCGAGUACUGUAUCUGGAUACAAAGCGUUGAUGAUGAUGUGCUCCACGACUUACAAAAGGAGUUAGCUGAAGUUAAGAUUCGCAAGGGCGAUCUCGGCUUGGACCUGGAUGAGCUUGAACUCGAGGGAAAGAUGACGGCCAUGAAAGUCAAGGAAAGUGAGCAGCUGGAUAGCGACGACGAAAGGCAGUAGUGGAUAUUACUGGCGAUAAGAUGUCGGAGGACCUCGGAUCAAUUCAGAAAGAGAACACUACAUCCUUCAGCAUUUACUUUAGGAUACAAUCUUAUUUACACCUUUCUGCUUGAAGUCGCCACUAAUACCAGUUUUUGGCUUUUGAAAAUCGACAAGUGUAAAAAUUCAAUAUAUCGAUCGGUGUCUGUGCACAUCAGUCUUCUGCUCUUCUCGCUCUUUUGUUCUACAUGUGCAAACAGCUUCUCACUUCACACCUUACAACGAACUUAUAUCAGGGUGAAAUCUUUUGCUUCAUUGUCUUUCACCGUUCUUCAGUUAGCAUUCAAUGAACAAAGGCGACUUAGG